AGCGCUGCUCUGUGCCGAAGAGGCGGCGGCUCCGGAGGUUCCCUCACCGCCGUGUGAAGCGCUCAGCCCGGGCCUGGAGUAGGAGCUGAUGCCGCUGCAGCUGUCGGCAGUGGAGGCUGCACACACAGUGUUCUUUUUAUUUUUUAUUAUGAAGUGGAGUUUUUAAAUCCGGUCAGAGGAAUGUGAAGUACGGACUGGAGGAGACGCACAGCGGCAGUUUCACCACAGAAGGCGACACUGAGGUUCUCUCGAUACGGUUUAUUUAAAAAACAACAACAACAACAAAGGCAAGAGAAGAGACGAGACAAGUUCUGCAGCAAAGUUAGGAGGAUCAAAUUCCUCCUCCCUCACCGCUGAACAUGGCACACCGAUCUCAGAGCUCGUCUAUUGGCGAUAACCCCCUUGAUCCCAACUACCUGCCUCCACACUACCGUGAGGAGUACCGUCUGGCUAUUGAUGCGCUCAUAGAAAAUGACAUUCAGGGCUACUUUGAGUUCCUCCAGACUGCAGAUGUGGUCAGCUUCCUGUCACAGACAGAAAUUGAACACAUCAAGUCCACAAUCCAGGUGCCCAGUCAGGCCUCCAGUCUUCCAGAGCUGACAUAUCUUGAGGGAGGUCAUGAGGUUGAUGGCUCAUCUGACACCUACUGGCCGAUGCAGUCCGACCUGGCUGCCCCUGGUCUGGACCUGGGCUGGCCGUUGCCACAGCACAGCUUCGUUGGGCCGACAGAAGUCACCACUCUGGUCAACCCCUCUGACCCAGACAUGCCGUCCAUCAAGGAGCAGGCCAGGAGACUCAUCAAGAAUGCACGUCAUGUUAUUGCUGUGGUGAUGGACAUGUUCACAGAUGUUGAUAUUUUUGCUGACCUCUUGGAAGCGGCAGGACGACAUGUUCCUGUUUACAUUCUACUGGACGAACAGGAUGCCCAUCACUUUGUGUCGAUGGUCAUGAACUUUAAAGUCAACCUGGACUUAAUUCACACAAUGCGUGUCAGGACUGUGGCAGGAAUAACCUAUAGCUCCCGGAAUGGGAAAUCAUUCAAGGGACAGCUGAAAGAUCGUUUCCUAUUGGCUGACUGCAGGGCUGUCCUCAGUGGGAAUUAUAGUUUCAUGUGGUCCUAUGAGAAGAUCCACCGCUGCAUUGCCCACCUCUUCCUUGGUGAGCUGGUCACCACCUUCGAUGAAGAGUUCCGCAUCCUCUAUGCUCAGUCAGAGCCUCUAGUCAUUGAUCCGUCAGAUGCAACACUUGCUCUCUCUGAUACCAGUAGCACCAGUUCUUAUUUAGGUGGUCAGUUUGGUUUGAAGAGGACCCAGUCUUUGCGUAACCCCAUAGGUUACCGAAGGCAGCCUGAGAUUCCCUCUGCCUUCCCCUACGGAGAAACUGAUCGUAACCUUGCACUUCCUUUCCGGAGGAAUGAUCCAUAUCGUCACACAGUUGAACCUGGGGCAGGAAUUACUAUUGGGAAGUAUUCCCAGCAACAGUUUCGUCUGCAGCAGUCCUUCCUGGAGCAGGGGCGAUCCAUAGUAUCCCGGCAGAUGGACAUGAGUACUAGUGGCUUCCAGAGACACAGCUAUGCAGAGGGAACCCAGGAAAACUACACAUCGUCAAGGCAAUACAUGAAGCACAGAGUCAUGAAUAAUCUGGAUGAGACAGAUUUUUACAGGGAGCAGACCCAAGCUAGUCAUUUCUACAGUGAUGGUCCCGGGCCAGGUUCUGGCCACGGACACUACGACAGACUUCGAGGUCGUCCUCCACACCUCCCCAUUGACCAGUAUUCAGAUUCCAGUUAUCGGUCGGAUCUGGAGCCUCCUCCUGGAAUCUACGGCCAAGACUUCUCAUCUGAAGACUUGAGUAGACCUGAAGGACACCAAGUACCUCCAAUAGCUGGGAGAUAUGGAGGAGGUUCCUCCAAUAAAAGGCCAACAUUAGGUCAGUCUUAUGCCUGCCUGAGCUCACCUACCCAGCCACACCCACCAGAGAAGAAAGAGUUUCUCAAACAAUCUGACCAACAGCAUGAACAAGAUGCAAGUGUCAGGCAAGGCCUAAGGAGUUGGAGAAUCCACUCAUAUCUUAGCACAUAUGACGACAGUGGAGAGGAAGGUCUGACUCAGCCUUUAGGUCCUGAUGCAUUUGAAGAUCCUGCACCAGCUCAACAGCCUACAGCUGCUGAAAAUUCAGGUCCUCGCUUUGGAACAAAAGAGCCGCCUAAUGUUCCUGCAAAGCCCAGACCAGAUAUCCUGAGACCCCGGUUUGGAAAGCCCAAAUUACCGGAGAGCAGCAACAAAGACUCUGCCCCAACCAAGGAUCUGCUUCCCUCAGUCAGUGACUUGAAGCUGGAUAAAAAAGAGAGGGAAAUGGAAUGGGAAAAAGAAAGAGAGAGAGAUUCAGAGAGAGGUGCAACAAAGGAGGUGGGUGUAGAUGUGGAGACGACAGAGGCUCCAGAACGCUUCUUGACUAAACAUGAAUCAUUCCGUUCACGUGUAAACCCACUCCUUCAACGUAGCUCUCGUCUCCGCUCUUCACUUAUAUUCUCAUCUUCCAAGGCAGAGAUGCACAGUGGAAGCCUAGGUUUGAGAACUGCCACAGAGGAAGAUGAGGAGUUAGAUACAGGGCGCACUUCCUCAAUCGUUGCCCAGAUCUUAGAAAAGAGGAGGUCAUUGUCUCGUGAGCCUUUUGAGUGGAGGAGGAAAGCUGAGGAAAAAGAGAAAGAGAAAGAAAGGGAGGAGAAAGAGAAAGAAGAAAAAGAGAAAGAAGAAAAACAAAAGAAAAUGCGCCUUGAAGAGGAAAGGGAGAUUAGAUUGAGAGAUGACAUUAAAAGAAAGGAGGGGCCUCAGAAAACAAACGAAGAAGUAAAGACAACAACAUUAACAACAACUGCAGAAAAAUCUGAAGUCACAACAUCAUCUACAUCUUUGAAUAUGAAUGACCCAGCUAAUCGACUGCAGUAUUUCAAAGACUUGGCGGCCAAGAGAAAAGCCUCUAAAAUUGAGACAGAGUCAACACUAAAAGGCCCAGAACCUGCUGAAAAAAAGCCAGACCUUUCUGAUAAACCCCCUCUCAUCAGUACGACUGCUAAAGUCCCAACUGUCACUGUCACGUCAACAGAACCUGAACUAAAGAAGCCAGACAUCUCCUCCAAACUGGCAGAGCUAACUCGCAGACCCUCAGUCGGUUCCUCUAAACCACCAAUUCUCCACUCCAAGCCUUCCAUCAGCUUCCUGAAGUCUUCAGAGACAUCUCAACCUCAAAAAGAAGAGCACGCCUCUGAGGGCCAAAAGAAAGAUAUAUUCAAGUCUCUAAAGCCUCUUCCUUCACCUAAGCUCUUCAAGAAGGAUCAGCUGAAGUUUAAAGGACUGAAUCCCCGUCGCAUCUCUUGUGAUGAGGAGAUUCUGACCACAGACGCUACAGACGCAGAGAAGAGUGAACUGAAAAAGAGCCGCUCUUAUAGCUCCUCAACUCUCCUACAUGAUGAUUCUAGGGAAGGACAUCAAAAAGUUAUGGGAUCAAGCACAUCCAUCAACACACUGGGAGAAAGCAAGGGUGAGGGUAAGACAAUCGACUUCUUGAAGAAGCAGACUCAGAGGCUAAAAGGAUUCCUUGGGCCAAAGGAUAAAGAGAAGAAAAACUCAGGAGAUGAUAGGGGCAUGAAUGUGGUCAAAGAGAUUGCAGAAGAGCCUAGCAUAAAGCAGAGUUCAUCAGCUAAAGAUACAGGAUCUACUAAUACCGAUCAGACCACAUCCAAUCACAAGACAUUGACAGGGACGUCAGGGUCGUCUAGAUACCAGGCACCGAGCAGCUCUGUUUUGUUCAGUAGCAACCUACGAGAUGACACCAAAGUCAUUCUGGAGCAGAUCUCAGCCAACAGCCAGAAAAACCGAAUAGAGCGGGAAGAAACGGGAGCAGACAGAGAUGGUGACGCUGGGGAAAAGGGGUUGGACAGAAACAACUCCAUAAAGAAGAAUCGAUUUCUGCGACCAACAGGAAACAUCCAGGAGCGGGAGGGACUCCUGAAGAGGAUAGAGAGUCUGAGGAAGGAGAAGAAGGUCUACAGCCGCUUUGAGAUGGGGAAUAGCCUGGGUUAAUGGAAGAUGGAGGAGCGGCCUUUUAAAUGGAAACUAUUUAUGCAAGAUGAUCAAAAGACUCAUUGUCCAUUUAUGCCAGCGACACUGUCAAAGUACCUCUGUGGCUCAACACUGCAGCCUUUCCUGGAUUUUCACAACAAGUAAUAAAACUUGAAAAGACUGUACAAAAAAAAAGACUGUAUAACAUAUUGAAAAUAAAAGAAAAGUCACUGAGUUUGGAAUGUGCCCAUUUGCCAAGACCUGGAAACAACUUUUACCGUAUAUGGUGAGAAAGUCCCUCUACUUGCACACUGGCUACAUGGGCUGGUGUUUCACCUACCCAAAAGAAGGUAGGGCAGCUUUUCAACAAAUUAGCAUGUACGAACGUGAUUAGAGGGAAAGACAGUCCAUGGAAAAGCAGACACGGCACUCACACAAAAACCAAACAAAUUAAAAUAAUAAAGUAAUUCGCUGCACAUGUAUAGUAUAGUAGCAGUGUUGAAUAUGUCUUUUUGGUGUAAGUAAAAUUUGGACUGAAGUGGAUUCCCAGUGUGCCAAAAACUGAAAAGGGCAACUAAUAAUGCAGAGUGGAAAGCAAAUAUGUGAAUAUGAUGAUACGGAUAGAAUAAGAUUUGAAUGUUUGAAGAUUUUGUGUACAUCUAUAGGGUAAGUGACUUAAUCCGAAAGUGAGAGCAUGUGUUUACUAAUGUGUGAAUCUAAUGUAGAAGCAACAGGAGUUAGUAGUUUUGAUUGAAAGUUGAGCCUCUGGUGAACUUUAUCCUCUCAAGAGAGCAUUAUGUACCUUUCUAUUAAGGUGUGGACCCACUUCUCAGGGUUGAAAGUGUCAAGUAACCCUUCAGAGAGGAAGCCUCAAAGCUGACACGGUCAGAGUAGUAAGGGGUAAAAAGGAAAGCACUGAUCUUUCACUUAUCCAGUGUAAAUAUUCAUGAUUUAUAGCUGACCUGAAAAAGUGUAAAAAUACACUUUUAAGAAACAUUCAAUAAUGUGCCUCACUUUAUUAUUCCUUGCUGGUCCUUUAAAUUAGUCCUCACCUCUUAAGGGAAAGGAGGAAUCACAAUACAGGUACAUUUGCAUACUGGAACAGGGCCAUGUCAUCUUACAUAAGAUUUUCAACUUCUGAGAACUACGCCCUGUAAAGGACUUCAAAGGACUUGUUGGUCUUCACUUUUACACCAAAGAUUUGGUUUUAUGGUACAGUUCCUGUGCUGACAGUGAGACAGGACAUCAGACCAUUUUUUGUGCUUUUAAGUAAAUCAAAAAAAAAAAUUGGAGAACACUUAAGGGGUUUAACUCUUUUCUAUGCAAGACGAUAUUGUACAUACAGUAUUUAUGUAAAAUAAGAGCUUGUUGAUAUUCUUAAUUAAUUUGAUUAUGACCACUCUUCUUGUACUAUCAACGUGCCUUAUUUUAAUUAACGCAAGCAUGUGGUCUUGGCUGUAAAAAGUAACUGCCAUUAAUUAGGGGAAAAUCAGUUGUACAGGGUAAACAUGCUGGUUUUUUUGUUGUUUUUUUUAAAGAAAACCUCAGAGUAUUACAUUGUAUAUGUAAUACUGCAAAAGGUGUUUUAUUAAAUCUCUUUAAAACUCAA